GGGGGACACUCAGCAAGCACUCCACUGCCAAGGAGGUCUCCUCUCUGCCCAGCCUAAACCACCACAAGAACAAAAAUGUCUAUCACUGACAUUGUCUCCCAGAAAGACAUUGAAGCUGCACUUGAGAGUGUGAAGGCUGAAGGUUCUUUCAAUUACAAAACCUUUUUCCAGAAGGUUGGCCUGACCGGCAAGAGCACAGGCGAUGCUAAGAAGCUUUUCGAAAUUCUUGACAGAGACAAUAGUGGAUACAUUGAGGAAGACGAACUUAGCCUUUUCCUGAAGAACUUCAAGCCUAGCGCCAGAGCUCUGACUGCUGCUGAGACCACAGCUUUCCUGAAGGCUGGUGACUCUGAUGGAGAUGGCAAGAUUGGAGUAGAAGAAUUCCAGGCUCUGGUAAAGGCAUAAACAGCCCAAGACCAAAAGACUUCCCGGACUGAACCCUCAUUUUUCACUCAACGGACAUCUCAUUCAUGGCUGGCACUUAUUUGUGCAUUUUUCUACUGUCUCACGGCAUUGGUACAAUGCCUGUAUGUUAACUCUUUUUUGGGACUACUGAAAUAUCUAAUAAUGUACAGGUAUUCUGCUCACUCGAUGUUACGUCUUAAGUGUUUAUGGAUGGCACAUAGUGAUCUUGACCAAUCACAAUGUGGAAGCUGUGGCUGGAAGAUGGAAAAACAAAAAUACAAACUAUUUAAAUAAAAAAAAACUGUUUGACAA